CGUGUGUGUGCGCGCGCGUGCGCUGAAAGUAGGUCAUAAGAGCGAGGCAGCUAGUCACAUAUUUCUCAGGAAAUUUAAUUAUUUGUAAAUCAUACGAAGCUAUAACGGUAACGGAAAGACAGCGGGAUUCCAGCGGGCUGUCCGGUGACAUCUGCAAAGCCGGUGUGGCAUGUCCAGGCGCAGCCGAAACAGUCGAGCGUGGCGCAGCGUGUGGAGCGGAAUCCGGCGGGAUGCUGAUGCAAAGACGCUGGUGCUGCCCUCGGAGAGCGACGAAUGGGGUUGUGACCGUUUACAGUACAGUGACUCAGAUUCAGAGGCAGAGUAUCCUGGCAUUGUACCAUCAGUGCCAAGUGCAGUGCCAGUAACCGGAGAGUCGUAUUGUGGUUGCGAUUUGGAGAUGGAAUCGAAUUACGACCCACGUCUACGCAGUUACGCACGGCUGCGAGACUGCCACUGUGGUGAAGAUGACCAAGAAUUUGACUGGGUGUGGGAUGAGGGCAGUCGGUCAGCAGCGACGCUACUGAGCUGUGAGAACAGGAAGGUGAGCUUCCACUCGGAGUACAGCUGCGGCACGGCGGCUAUCCGCGGCUCCAAGGAACUCUCGGAGGGACAGCACUUCUGGGAGAUCAAAAUGACCUCUCCAGUCUACGGAACGGACAUGAUGGUAGGAAUUGGCACAUCAGAUGUCAAUCUGGACAAAUACCGACAUACUUUCUGCAGUUUACUGGGAAAAGAUGAAGACAGUUGGGGCUUGUCAUAUACAGGGUUGUUGCAUCAUAACGGUGACAAAGUGAACUUCUCAUCGCGGUUUGGUCAGGGAUCCAUCAUCGGCGUUCACUUGGACACCUGGCACGGAACUCUGACCUUCUUUAAAAACCGCAAAUGCAUUGGUGUAGCUGCUACAAAGCUGCAGAACAAGCGUGUGUACCCGAUGGCAUGUUCGACAGCUGCCAAAAGCAGCAUGAAGGUGAUUCGCUCAGUCUCCGCCCCCACCUCACUUCAGUAUCUCUGCUGCUGGCGUCUGCGUAAGCUCCUCCCUUCAGGAGCUGACGCCCUCAGAGUGUUGCCCCUCCCACCAGGACUCAGGCACCUCCUACAUUCCAAACUUGGCUGGGUGCUAAGCUUAGACCACUCAUAUACGCAUACAAACUCGAACGCGCACACACCAGCCGGGCCCUCUUCAGGCAGCGAAUCGGACGGCUGCGCUUCAGAUCCCGAGGCCUGCCAGAGGAAACGCUGCCGCUGGACCUGAGGCAAACACGUGUGUGUGCGUGCGUGCGCACACACACACGCAUCGAUAAACAUAUAUGUAUACACCCAUACACACACACACUUAGUUGUCACGUCUUUUCAGUUUCUAACUCAUACAAAUACAAUGGACUGAGAGAGAAAAGGUUCAAAAAUGUCUUUGAGAUGUUAACGCACCUGAUUUAACAACUAGCCUCUCCGCAUUGAGGAUACCAUUUUUGAUUUUAAUCUCUAUAUGAGACUUAAAAUUGUGUGGAUCAUGGUCAGACAUGCAUAAUUCAGUACUUUUCUGGAUGAACAGAUCAUGUAAAAGAUGCGCACAUGCAGUCUGGUGUAUCAUGACUCAACAGUGAACCAUCAUUCUGCUUUAUAGUGUUGAAUGUUCCUGCUCUGUCCUGUCUGUCUCUUUCAGGGGUUUGGAACAAAAACAGUCAUGUGUUUCUCCAUCCCAUAUGAACCAGUUGUAUAAAAUCUCAGUAUUAUCUUUACCUUUAACCUUCAGCACUGUGCCCUUGUCUUACCUGUACUUCAAUAUAGCUUAUAUCCAUACGGUUAGAAUGAGUAAAAUGGACACUCCGAUGCAUAGUUGGGUUUAGUUAAUGUUAAUUUGAUGUUCCGUAAAAUGUGUAAUUCACCAUCCAAAUCUGCAAACAAGGUGACUAUUUUGACAGCAGGUCUCAUCAGUAUAACAUUUGAUAUGCUGAAUGCUACAUUUAACUAUUUCUUGAAGUUACCACAUUGGAGAAGUUUGGAAGAAUCACAUUAAUGUCUUUUGCUACAACAGCUAUGCCACGAUAUCGUGGUAUAUAGCGGUGUCGUCCGAGCAGAAGUGCCAACAUGUAUGGUUUGGCUGGAGUAUGUUUAAAUAAUAUUGGCUGGCUUUGAGUGGUAUAUCAGAUCUAUUCCAUUCAGCUAGCAUGGUAUUGAAUAAGUCGAAGACGAGUAGCUGAAUGGAAUAGAUCUGGUAUACCAUGAUAAAAGCCAGCCAAUAUUAUUAUUGUUAUUAUACAUGCACAUUCCUUUGGGGUGUUCAAUGUGUCUUUGAAAAUUCUGUCAAUCUUCUGUAUUUAACGAUGCAAACCUGGCGGCCAUGUUUGUUUACAAAUUGUCAGUCGCUCGCUAGUGUGGAAGUUUGCCGUCUCUGACGUGACACGUCAUGUCUUAACCAUGCAACAUCGUAAGCCAUAUUCAACGCUCAUUCUCUAUUGUGUAGAGUGACGUAAUACACGUAGGAUAAGCGAUAUGCUAACAAUAUUGCAUGCCAUCAAUCCAAAUGAAGGAAACCUGCUAGAAGGGAAUAGAACAUGUUUUUAUUCCAUUGAAAAAGUGUCCUGAAUGUAUAAUAAUUGCGAUUUAAUUAAUGCAUCGUCCAUUCAGUCGAUAUGUUUUGAUAUCAAGAAAACGUAAAAUGACUUCUGAAUUUACUCAUUUAUUAUAUUAAUGGGGCAGCAUGGUAGUGCAGAGGUUGGCACGGUCACCUCACUGCAAGAAAAUUCUGGGUUGGAACCUUGUGGCUGACCGGGGCCUUUCUGUGUGGAGUUUGUAUGUUCUACCUGUGCCACCAUGAGUUUCCUCCGUGCCCUCCGGUUUCCUCCAACAGUCCAAAGCCAUACAGUUGGAUCAACUGGCUAAUCUAAAUUGCCCAUAGGUGUGAAUGCAAGUGUGAAUGGCUGGGUGCAAUAUAUUGGUGACCUGUCAAGGGUCUACUCUGCCGCUUGCCCAAUUCAGAUUGGCUCCAGUGCCACUGUGACCCUCAUUGGAUAAGUGCUCUAGAUGAUUGAUGAAUAUAUGGCUAUAUUGAUGAAUUAUGAUGGCUAUGAUUUUGUUUAUAAAAAUCGGCAUGAUCAGUGCCACUUCUGGAAGAUUGUCAUCCACUUGUCCUUUCCUUCCCAAGUUGUGGUCUUGGCAAAAUCCUCAGACGCUCAUGGCCUCUACACUGAUUUGAGCCAGACUAGCAGACGGUAAUUCCGCAAUCAAGCUACAUUUUAACUCCAAUAUUGUGUAUACAGCUCCAAUAAUGCCAGCUUUUUGAUGUCUCUGCUAUUGUUCCUAUGUCUUACAUGUUCAAAUUCUCGUAUCGCCCCAGCCUGGUGACCUUUUAAAUGUGUAUGGAUGAAGCCAGGAUACAUAUAAUUAAGUUAUUCCACGAAAUGGAGUCGUACAUGAGCUGAUGGCCGACAAGGCGCGUAGCACCAAGUUGACUACAAGCCAUGUACGACGAGAUUGAGUGGAAUAACUGUUUUAUUCUAUCCAGGUUCACUGGAUUUUCGGAAACAUAGCAUUUUUAGUUUUUGCAAAUUCGAUAAAUAAAAACUUGAUUACAAAACGUCUGGCAAAAUCAUUUCCGCUUCGAAUGGAAACAAACCGGCGAAAUGACAGUAGCAAAUUGUGAAAAAUGUGGUGAUAAUUCUUGAAAAAUAAAAAAAAGAUACAUUCUGACCAUCAAAUACUUUUAUUCCAUAUUUUGUUGAAUUUUUUUUUUGGGAGGGGUCGGGUCUUUAGGGUUUUUUGACAGUUGGCCAACCAGCUUGGGGGGGCAAGAUUCUUUUAGCUAUUUCUGUUUCUUUUAAAUACUUGAUGAUUUUUGGGGUUUGUUUUCGAGUAGAGUUUUUAUUUCUUCCUCGGUUGGUUCAGCAACAUGCUCCGCCAUUUUGUUUUUCUCUACUCACGGUAUAUGAGCUGAUAGCCUAGUAGUAGAGUAGCCAAUCUGAGCGUGUGAUUGCUCAUAUCCAGUGAAUAUGGAUAGAAUAAAAAAAAAAGAUAUAAAAUUUUUAAAAAAUAAUUUUUUUUUUUUUUUUUGUCUUGCUCUUACAAAUAGAAACUGCUGGGGAAAAAUUUAGGAUCUGAAUGCUUGUUUUGCAGAAAUGCCAUUUCAACCUGGAUUUGAAUUGAACGGAUGAUGCACAAAUCACAAUUUUAGUCUGCUUACUACACCCGUUGAAAACUACGCUUUCUGCUUUCUCAGAUAAAGGGGGUGUGAAAUGCAGAUUUGGUCCUGAUGAUGGUAAUUUCCUCUUGCAUCAAAUUUUAUCAGCUCAGAGCUCACACUUGAGGGCGAAGUUCAAACCUUUCUGCUGGGUUUGUGACAAAAGACAAGCGGGAAUACCGUGGGGCGUACUAUGUCCUCGUAUAUCCUCUGGUUGGUAAAAGUGUAGAGUAGAAUGCACGGUUUACCAUUUAUCCUCCUAGCACAGAGCCGUCUUGUCCACCAGCAUACGCUAAGGUUUUCUCUUAAGAUCCUACUCUUUAUCUCUGCCUGCUACGAUCUUGUUUUCAGAGUUGGUACUUUUCUCAAGGACACUUUCUUGGUACUGCAGCAAUGAACCUGACAAAUUAUAUUCCAUCUUUAUUACUAUCAUCCUCUUAACUUUUCUGUCCUUUCAGGUGACAUUUUUUUGUAUUAUUCUAUGUUAAAUAGGAGCUUUUAAAACACUUAUUCCUGCUUUUAAUCAUUUUACUCCAGACCUUUUGCCAAGUCGUCUGGCUAGCGUAUUAAUGUCUAAUGGGUGUGGUCUUUUGCUGACAUUUAGUCAUACUGUUCCAGUUUUAUCAAAUCCUGGUUGAGUUUUUAUUUGUCACUGGCAUAGUACUGUUGUGUAAGAGUGGCUGCCUGUGAAUUGUGCACAGCUGUGUCAAACGCUGCCAUCAAAUACCUGCAUGAACCUGUGAUUUGAACUCACUUUGGUCUUAACACAGCAUUUGUGGUGCUUUGUGCCAUCAUCAUGACCUCUCUAAGGCUUCUCACUGGGGCUGCUUCUACCCUGAUGCAAAGCAAAAGCACUUCAUACCGGAUUUGAAGAAAUAAAGAGAGUAAACCAACAAAUGUGAAGUUAAUGUUUUGCUUUUGCAACAAGAUCUUAGAUCUUUCUUUUAUCUCAGUUAGAGGAGCUAACGUUCAAUUCUUAUGCUGUCUAAACAGAAUACCUGCCCUUAUUCUUAUAACAAUACUUUUUUUUUUUUUUUUUUAAUGUCUCCCUCACAGAGUUGUAUUUAUCAAGUAUGGAGUUUUAAGUGUGUGUAUAGGUUUUGUAAUUCACUGUACAAACAGUUUUUGUUAUGCAUUAAAGCACUUUUUCCGCUCACUGUAUGCAUAUAUAAAUGCAUACAGAUCCUUUAUGUUCCGGGGGUGGGUUUCCUAAAAGCCUCUUAACGUAAAGAGCAUCUUAACUAGGAGAGCGAGAGUUUUCAUUGUGCUGCUUGCUCUACCAUUUAACGAUGAUCUUUGUGCUGCGAUGCUUUUGGGAAACUCAGGCCUGUUGUGUACAUAUUGUAUGUAUUUAGCUUUCUCUCUCUCUCUCCCUUUACUAUAUGUCAAGCAUGGGUUUUAACUGAUGUAUGAUUUUAAAGGGAUUGGAUAAAAAUCCUACACAUGCGAAGGGGAAAAAGGCUGGAUAUGUAGACUGUUUUUUAAGCAUAAUAAAGGAUUAAAACCG